UUUUGCUUGAUGUGUGCUCGCUUUAGCGUCGUGGCGACUGGCAAGAUUCUUACAGAUAGGCGACUGGUCAUUUCAAUUAAAAAAAUGUAAGUGGCUUUACACUGUGUCUAUCUACAAGAUCUUAGAAGGUGAAGCACAAGCCAGAGUACUCAUCAAUAAAAGGAUUGGAGAAAGUUUGAGGCAGCUGUGGAGCACCAUCUGAGCCCUGAGGUGGGUGGAACACAUGGGGUACUGGCCAAGUUCACUGUACUAAAGCCUGUUGUGUCUGCUCUUCACAACAAAUCCCACCACUCAGUGCGUCUGCGCUAGGUGUGGUAACCUGCGGUGUGGCCGGGAGCCGUCUGGCGGUGACGCGGCCCGUGGCGCCCGUCCGCGCUGCUCCACCAUGGAGAGCGGUGACUCGGAGUACGAGGAGGAGGAGAUGGUGGUACUGGUGGAGCUGCACGGCCUGGUCGACGACGAGCUGCUCACCAAGGGCUGCUCCUACCAGUUCGUCGGCAUCGACACCGACAAGCCGGUGCUGCAGCUCGGCAAGUACAACUUCCUGGGACACUACGAGGACCAGAUCGGCUCGGCGCUCUUCCUGGGCCAGUCGACCGACGAUGGCGGUCAGAAGACGUGGUCCAAGGUGUGCUUCUCCGACAAGAAGCUGUCCAUGCAGCGCGUGUUCCUGAGGAAGAAGGGCGAGGAACCGCCGCCGGUGACGCCGCCUCCCGAGGCAGAGGACUCGACGGAGGAACCGGAAAAGGAAACGGAGUCAGGCGGGGGGUCGGAGAAGGACAGGGAAACGGAGCUGGAGCCGUCCUCUGGAACAGCAGAGAAGGAAAAGGAGCCGUGCUCUGAAACAGCAGAGAAGGACCAGAAGCAGGCUGGUGACGCGAAAACGGACUCAGCACCGGCAGAGGGCGGUUCGGAUGUGGAGAUGACGCCCGCGGAGGGCUCAGGGACACAAAAAGCUCAAAAUUCAGACAGUGAACCACCUUCGAACAGCGAUAAACCUUGAACGUUAAAGUGCCCUCCCGUGUGAACGUUUUAGUGUCAUGAACUUCGUGCACGUGUGUCGCGGACCAUGUGGACCUCCGCGAUGAUGACGUGCAUGACGUGCUCGCCCGUGUCGCCGCUGUCCCGUGUCGCUCGUGCGGCGGCCCGCUGCGUUUCGCGGUAGUUGUGACCGACAGUGACGUGGAACCACCGCGUGACCCGUCGAGCUGGUGACUUUUCCGAUUCAUAUCGCCGAUUGCGGUGUUUAUUUUUGUGUGCCGGCCGUUUGGUUAUCGCGUGAGCGGCGGGCUCGGCCGGUGUCGCACCCUGUGACGGCGGCGACGGCGGUCAGCUCCAGUGGUCACGCUCACGCUCCCCGCCGAGUGACCUUCGCCGGUCGGUGGCGCCGCGCCCCGUCCGACACCGUUACCCCGCCGGAGUUCGGUGCUCACAUCGCUCCAUUGCAGGGUGCCGAGGGGAGGGACAGACGGUGCCCGGGGUGCGGCUCGGUCCCUGUCGAUUGCUGUCAGCUUGCUGUGAUGUUUCUCAGCUGCCGAACAGUCGUGGACGAUUUUGACAGCAUGUUGCUCCGGAUGUGUCGAAUGUUUCCGAAGCAGGUUGUGUUUGAAUGUGCAUUGUUUUGUUUCGGUCAUGUCAUGAUUGAUAUCAAUUUCGUACCUACUCGUUUAAAUGUUUCCAUACGUCUUGGGUGCGAUAAUUCACACGUCUGAGAGCAAACUAUCAUAUUUCGUAGUAAAUGAAUAAGUUUCAAAGACAGUUUCACAGCUCGAACUUUUUGCCUUCGCCACAAACCCUUUUCAAAAAAGUUCAUGAUGAAAGACCUCGUGUUUACAAAAGGAACGUGAUGUGAGUACUUUGAACAUCUGAAGAUUACGAACCGUAGCCUCAUACUAAAGUGAACAUUUUUUACAAUGAGCCUCAAGACAGCGCUUACUAACAUUACUUUGAACAUUUCUAAAAUAUAAACCGGAGAAUUUGUGACCCGGAAAACAUUCCCCGUCAACUGACCGUGGAAGAUAGGUAUGUGUCGCACAAAAGUGGAUCGCUGCAGUAUUUUGUGCCGUACUUUUCACUCUGAAGCAUUGUUAGCAGCUACCCACAAUUUACCAGGCAUGGAGCUCAGGAAAACCGAAUAAAAUCGCGCUGUA